AUGUUGUUUACACGCACGCUGGUGAGAUCGUCUACAACCGUAUUGAGGAAGUUCGGCACGACUCCCGGCCCCAGAAACCUAGUUAAGGACUUGUAUUUGAAAGAACUAGGUUCCAUGAACGUUACACAUAUUAAUAGUGCGCUCAGUUCCAAUCCAGCAUUGAAAGAGAAUAUCAUCGAUUGGACUCCUCCUAGUAAACCAAAGAUGCCUUCAACCGAAUUGGGAUCAACUAGUAUAGAUGACUAUGUGAAUCAGUCAGUCGAAACUAUGGAACCUCAAACCAAUGAGGAAGUGAAAGAAGACUUCGAAGAAGAUUGGCUCGUCAUUGAAAACACAGUAGAUGAUACACAGGCUGCUCAUUGA